UUAUUUAUAAUUCCCAGCAUUCUGGGAAUUGAAAAAAAAACUAUCUAGGACAUCUUUCCCAAUAUAGCAUCUACUACAGCAAAAUUUCUUGCUGGAAAAAACUGACUACUUGACCACCAGAUUCAGAGAUUCAUUGCUGUCUUGAGCAUUUAACAGAAGUGACUUUUACAUGCGAUAAUGUGAGAAUCAAUUAUAUAGGAGAAGUAAUCCCUUCAUGAAAAACCUACAGCUAAACAUGAAUAAGCAACGAAAUGAAAAUUAGGAAAUGAGGAGCGUCUGGCAAAUAACAACUCCUAAACCUGUCUCUGAGACAGGCACACCCUGAUUUACACAAUACAUCCAUGAGACAGUAUUAUUUAAAGCAGAACAGUAUGAAGGAUUCCUGUGAAGAUGGAUGUAGGAUUUUAUCUUCUAAGUUUGUCUUUAAUGCAAUGCUUCUAUUUCAACAUGCAGGCAACAGUAAAUGUCCAACUUAGAGAUCAUGGCUAUGAAAACAUACUUAUAGCUAUUAAUGCACAUGUUCCAGAGGAUCCGCAGAUCAUCACUAAUCUCAAGAAUAUGGUAACAGAGGCAUCAUAUCACCUAUUUAAUGCAACAAAAAGAAGAUUCUUUUACAGAGAAGUGAAGAUUCUUAUACCAGCCAGCUGGAAAUCAUACAGCUUAAAAAAGCCAAGACAUGAAGCAUAUCAGAUGGCAAGUGUGAUAGUCAGCAACCCAAAUACAUAUUAUGGAAAUGAUCCAUAUACAUUACAUUAUGAAGGAUGUGAAAAAGAAGGAAGAUACAUACAUUUUACUCCUGAAUUCUUAAGUGAUGAUAAUCUUAUUUUGAUUUAUGGUCUGCGUGAGAAAGUAUUUGUCCAUGAAUGGGCUCACUUCCGAUGGGGAGUAUUUGAUGAAUACAGCUAUGAAGAACCAUUUUAUGUUUCAGUUGAUGGUAAAAUGAAAGCUACAAGAUGUUCCUCAGAUAUAGAUGGCAUGUACAUUUGUAAGAAAAAGUCCUGCUCAGAUGGAGAUUGCAUAAUUGACCGUCAGACUGGGAAUUUAGACGAGGGAUGCCUGUUUUUAGCUAACAGUACCCAGAAUGCAAAAUCAUCCAUAAUGUAUAUGCAAGCACUGUCUUCGGUUGCAGAAUUUUGUUAUGACCAUGACCAUGAAAAGGAAGCUCCAAAUAUGCAGAACAAAAUGUGCAGUUAUCGCAGCACUUGGGAUGUUAUUGGUAGUUCUUAUGACUAUAAAUCCACCUUGCCAAUGUCAGGAACUGAGCUCCCAUCCCCACCAUCCUUUUUACUCAUGCAGAUCAGGGAAAGGGUUGUGUGCCUAGUUUUGGAUGUCUCUGAAAAUAUGGCAAAGAGUGAACGACUUCACAAAUUGCGCCGUGCAGCAGCCAUCUUCAUACAGCGGAUAGUCGAUGAAGGCGCAUACAUUGGCAUUGUUACAUUCAAUGAAACAGCAGAAGUGAAAAAUCAACUGCUUCAUAUAGUCAGUGAUGAGGCACGAGAAAAUUUAACUUCAAAUCUUCCAGUUACAUCUGGUGGAGGAGUGUCCAUUUGUAGCGGAAUCACAUCUGGCCUGCAGAAAGCCUUUGCAAUUGAAGAACGUCUGUCCUUGCGCUGGAGUUUAACCAGUGAUCAAAGGUCUGAAAUUAUCUUGGCUGUCAGUGGAAAUGAUAGGAAUAUACAUAAAUGUAUAUCUGAAGUGGCACUGAGUGGCUCAGUUAUUCAUACCAUUGCUAUUGGACUCGGCGCUGAUCCGGAGUUGGAACGGUUUGCUGAAGUAACAGGGGGGUUAACUUUCUAUGCUUCAGAUGCAAAAGACUCAGACAGUUUAAUUAGAGCUUUUAUGGAAAUAUCUCCUAAAUAUGAAAAUAUUGAAGAGCAAUUUGUGGUGAUAAAAAGCAUUUGGAAGCUUAUCAAGACCGGUAGUAUUUUAUUUGGGUCUGUGUUUAUAGACAGCGGUGUGGGGAAUGACACUACAUUCAUUAUAACCUGGCAGGCCCCAGACCCACCUGAUGUUGUCAUUGAGAACUCCAUUGGAUACAAAUAUACAAAUCUUGAGCAUGAUAAUACCUCACAAGUCUCCUAUUUAAAAAUUCCAGGAACUGCUCAGAGCGGCACUUGGCUAUAUAAAAUAAAAAACACCUUAAAUGACAGUCAAGCGCUUGGUGUUCUAGUUACCUCAAGGCCAUCAUCUGAAGUCAUACCUUUUGUACAUGUUACUGCUGGAAAAAUCAACAAUACAACCACUUCGCCACAUCCAGUUACAUUAUUUGCAGAGGUUAAACACGGAUUUGCAGCUGUGCUGGGAUCGAAUGUUACUGCUGUCAUUGAGCCGGAAACUGGAGAUCCUCUGAGUUUAACACUCAUUGAUGAUGGAGCAGGUGCUGAUGUUAUUAAGGGUGAUGGUGUCUACUCUGUCUAUUUAUUUCGCUUCACUAAUAACGGUAGACAUACAAUGAAAUUUUUUGCUGAGUGGACAAACACUACCUCUCUGAAACCUCCUCAGAGCAACCCAGCACUAUAUGUUCCUGGUUACAUCAAAAAUGGCACCAUCAAUAUGAAUCCUCCUCGACCAGUUUAUAAAGAUAAAAGCACAAAUGAAAUGUUCAGCAGAGUCCUCUUUCUGGGUAGUUUCAAAGUUACAAAUCUCUCUCACAACUCAUUGGAUGAGGAUGGUUUCCCUCCAUGUAAAAUAAAUGACCUAGAAGCAAAAAUGGAAAAUGAACAUGUAGUAUUGUUUUGGACAGCACCGGGUGAUGACUAUGACCAGGGAGCUGUUUCAGAUUAUGACAUUCGAAUAAACUUCAAUCCAUUCAUUUUAAGGCAACACUUUUCCAGAGCUCCGGCCAUCAAUGCUUCCUACAUCAAACCAAAGAAUGCAGGCAGCAGGGAGACCUUCAUAUUUCGGUUGGAAAACAGCACUGCAGGCCAGGGCAUCAUCACCUAUAUUGCAAUCUGCUCUAUUGAUAAAAAAGGACAAAAGUCACAGAUUUCUAAUUUGGUUCAUGUGACCAGUCCCAGGGUUCAGGAGGAAGACUCUAGCCAUGCUUACACCACAACUGUUGAACAGGGCAGUGCCACCACUGUACUGAUAGCUGCUGUAUUUGUGUGCCUGUGUUUUGCCAUAGCAGCUGGUGUCUAUGGCUGGAGGAAAUUUCCAUUUUAUAAAAUAACUAAUCAGACAACUGAUAAUGGGUCGUUGUUAAAAAACAGAACUAGACAAAAAGCCCAAAAUAACAGAAAGUGCCAAAGUGAAGAAAUUUGUCUACAGGUGAUGUCGAAUGAUGAUGUGGAUCUACUUGGAGAACAUAUAGCUGUAUUGGAUGAAAUUAAAAUAGUUUAAAAUAAAAA